UGUGCGAGGAUCUUUUCCCAUCACACAAAACGGAUGUGUGGUUUGAUCCUAACUAUUGGAAAAAGAAGUGUAGUUUGGUGUAAAGGAACGGGUUUUUGGUGCAAAUUUUAGGGGUUUAAGUUUGUCCGGUUGACUGUGCGUUUUAAGUUGUUGCUCGUUUCGGGUCGGAUUCCUCGACGGUCGAUUGUGUCUGAAAACGGGACCUAUCUUUUUCAGUUUCGGAUUUUUUCUCUUCGUGGAAAGGUGCAGACGAUUCGAAGGUGGGGGGUUGGUAAAAAAGAGACACCAGCCCCAGAGCAUAUAGAGCAAAUAGAGAGAGAAAGGUGGCAGAAGAAGAAAAGUCUAUGAGGGAAAAGAACUCCUGGUGAAGAAGUGAGAGACUCUGGGCCUGAACUGGUAGUGUGUGGAAAAGCGACCAGUCACGAAAUAGGAUCAGGAGCAACGCCAACACCAUUUUUCCAAGGAUGACGGAUUAAGAGUGGGUCAGUUUAGGGAAGUCAAAGCCAAAGCCCCAGCGAUAAAAAGCAGGCAAGUGUGAUAAUACCAUGGAUGAUGAAGCCGUCACGAGUCAUCCGCACUUGGCCGGAGUAGCGUGAGUCUCGACCAGCAGCAGCAGCAGCAGAACCGGCGGAUCCGCGGAGGCAGAGCACCACAACAUCAUCAGCAUCACAUUGCAUCGUCGUGCAAAACAAAAUGGCGGGUGGUGAGCAUUCGUUUGGAAGAAAGACAUUUCACAAGCCAACCUAUUGCCACCACUGCUCGGAUCUGCUGUGGGGACUAAUCGGACAAGGAUACAUCUGUGAAGUCUGCAACUUUAUCGUGCACGACAAGUGCGAGAAGAAUGUGAUAACGCCAUGCCUCGGCGUCGCACCGUAUCUCAUCCGAAACCCGGUCGCACACUGCUGGUCCGAGCCGGAGAAGCACCACAAGCGGAAGUUCUGCUCGGUCUGCCGCAAACGAUUGGAUGAAACCUCCGCCGUUCACUGUCUAAUUUGCGAGUACUUCGCUCACGCCGAGUGCCAGGACUUUGCGAUCCCCGAUUGCAAGGAGAAUGCCACGUACGUGCCGGGCAAGGAGCUGGGCCAUGUCAAACACCAGCACCAUUGGCGCGAGGGCAAUCUGCCACAGUCGUCCAAGUGCGCCCACUGCAAGAAGGCAUGCGGGUCCUACGAAUGCCUUACGGGUUACCGCUGUGAAUGGUGCGGCACAACGACGCACGGUGGCUGUCGGAACAACAUCCCAUCGGAGUGCACCUUCGGCACGCUUCAGCCAAUCUACUUGCCACCGCAUGCCGUCUCCAUACCGCGAACUGAAGUGCCAAUGGAAGCAAUCAUCGGAGUGCAGAACAAGAACAAGGGAACGCCAGGCAUGCAACGGGAUUACUCUUGUCCGGAACUGUGGACCAUCGGGCAGGACGAGUUCUGCGAAAACGGGACCGACCAUAGAGAGCAUGACGACAGUCGCUACCAGUUACCGGUUUUUACCUUCUUUGACGACGGUGACGACAGCGAAUCCAGCCAGGCACGAUUCCCAAGCGACACCGAUCUGCCAACGUACGGUAGCAUUUUCCAUUCGUCGGAGAAGGAGCAUUUCAAACCCAGCGUUCCCAGCAGGAACCUGAUCCAUCCGGCCAUGCGGCGAACGAAACUUGCCCCGAAAGAUGCAAUCGUCACGCGGAGCAAAUCCUUCCAGGACCAAAGCAAUAGCAUUCCAAUGCGGCUGAAAAUGCUGCCAUUCCUGCGGGUGAAGGAUAGACCAAGCAAGGCUCCAAGCCUUUCUAGACGUUCUCCACUGUGUGACGAAUCGUCCAACGUGUCGUCCUGCGGAUGUCCUUCGCCUAUGCUAUCGACGCUCAAAGUAGAUUCACCAAUGAUGACGUCAGCAUCAACCUCAGCGACGGCAUCCGCGAUUACAAUUCCCAACGAGGAAAUCAUCAGUUCGGGCGGAGUGGGUUGGCAAAGGUCCAGAAGCAACGGUCAGCCCCGAGAGGGGUUGGGGACUAUCAGCAGCAACAACAGUGACAACCCCAUAAAGGAGGGGAACGGGGUGGUGUGCCGAAAGGAUACUGGCGAACGGCGGGUACUUUCCUACGGUGACGUCAGUAGUUUUGUGUUCAUCGAUGAGGACAUCGACAACGGUGGCGGUUACGGUUACGACUGUGGCCACGGAGAUGCUAUGGCGGGUUCUCCACCUGAGCUUGACGACGAAGACGGUAGUGGAGUGGUCGCGGCCAGUGAUUCGUGUGCUAAAUUAAACGCUCGAGGAAGUGAUGCUUCCGAGGUGGUGGUGGUGAUGGCGGCGGAGAAGACGGGUAAGGUGGCAGAUGCUGGAAGCGAUAAGGAAAAUCGUCGGCGAGGUCAUUUGCUGGGUAGAAUCUAUCGUCGAAUGCGCAAAUGCUCGAUGGGAUGGAGCAAAACGGGACAUCGGAGAGCUCGCAGCAUCUCAGAAGAAAUGUACUCAGACCCCUCACGCUGCGACGACCAACAGAAGGCAGAGAGCAGUUCUGGCACUCACUCGAAACCCGAUUCUGCGCACAAAGAUAAAGAUAAGAAAGAUAAGGAAAAGGAGGAACGUGAUGAAGAAACAAUCAAAGUAUUUGACGGCAACUGUUCAUAUCGAAGAAAAAUAUUUAGAGCCAUCACCGUACCUAGAACAUGCUCGUUAGAACAAUUACUGACCACCGCCUUGAGGGCCUUUCACAUAGCCAGGGAUUCAAAUCUAUUUUUUCUUACUGACGUUUACGGUGAUGAAGUAAGAUUACAGGAUCCGACGCCGGUUCUCAAUCUGCACCGAAUCGAGGGGAAACGACCGGCCAUCUAUUUGCGAUUUCGUGACCGCGAGAACGAUCACGGCUUCGUGAGGGUCUACCCCGGCAAGCUUCAGGUGGAGAACGCCUACGUCAACAUCCCGGUGGACCUCGACUCGACGGUGAAGGACCUCAUCGGUGAGUCGUUGAAGAAAUUCGGCCUCCAAGGACACCAGAUCGAGGACUACCGCUGCUCGGAGAUACUGCUGGACCGGGGGGUCACCGAGCGGGUCCUGUCGUGGAACGAGCGACCCUGGGAGAUCAUGAAGCAGCUCGGGAAAGACUCGAUCCGCCAGAUGGAGAUGAUGCGAUUCUACCUGCAGCUCAAACAGGAUCCGCACGGACCGAACCUGGCCCUCUUUGUCGGCAAUCUACCUCCGGGUCUGUCGCAACGGAACUACGAACACAUACUGACUGAGAUCCUUGGUUUCGAAAACAAGUUUAGUAGUAUCGGUCCGAUCUACUACGAGUACGGAUCGCUAGUGAUAACCUACGAGAACGCAUCCAAAGCCGUUCGUGCAUUCCAAGCCUUGCGGGAGUCCAAGUAUGAGGACAAACAUCUGCUUGUGUUGCUGUUACCGAACAUUGAACCGAGCAUGGUUCCACAGGGAGUCCAACCGUUGCUGGUAUUCGUCAACGUCAAGUCCGGUGGAUGCCAAGGAUUAGAGCUUAUUAGUAGUUUUCGGAAAUUGUUAAAUCCAUAUCAAGUAUUUGAUCUGGAUAACGGUGGACCACUGCCUGGACUGUAUGUAUUCAGACACAUUCAGGAUUACAAAAUUUUAGUUUGUGGAGGUGACGGCACGAUCGGUUGGGUGCUGCAGUGUUUGGACAACGUCGGACAAGAUUCGGAGUGUUCUAGUCCACCGUGUGCGAUUGUCCCGCUCGGAACUGGAAACGAUCUGGCACGGGUGCUACGAUGGGGAGCCGGCUAUACUGGCGGAGAAGAUCCGCUGAAUUUGUUGCGGGACGUGAUCGAUGCUGAGGAAAUCCGGUUGGACCGCUGGACCGUGGUCUUCCAUCCCGAGGACAAACCGGAAGACGCGGCACCCAGACCGUCCCAGGCCAACUCAGCGGUCGUCGGUGCUACGCAGAGCGAAGACAACUCGCAGAUCUUCGUGAUGAACAACUACUUCGGCAUUGGCAUCGACGCCGAUCUGUGUCUGGAUUUCCACAAUGCUCGCGAGGAGAACCCGUUGAAGUUCAACUCCCGGCUACACAAUAAGGGCGUAUACGUUAAGAUGGGCCUACGGAAGAUGGUUGGACGAAAGAUGGUCAAGGAGCUGCACAAGGAGAUUCGGCUAGAGGUCGACGGCAAGGUGGUUGAUCUACCGCCCGUCGAAGGUAUCAUCAUUCUAAACAUCCUGAGUUGGGGAUCGGGUGCCAAUCCGUGGGGGCCAGAGAAAGAAGAUCAGUUCAGUAAACCGAACCACUGGGACGGAAUGCUGGAAGUCGUAGGAGUAACCGGCGUUGUUCAUCUCGGUCAAAUACAGUCUGGCUUGCGAUCAGCCAUGCGGAUAGCCCAGGGAGGUCACAUUAAGAUUCACCUACAUUCAGACAUACCGGUGCAGGUCGAUGGGGAACCGUGGGUUCAGAGUCCCGGAGACGUAGUGGUGCUAAAGUCAGCUCUCAAGGCCACGAUGCUGAAGAAGAUCAAGAGCAAACGGAGACUCACUGAGCCGCACAUCUCGCCGGCCGUAUCGGGAUUCUCGCAGGGUGGCGCUCCAGAAAAUGGAGACCGCGAUCGAGACGCCCUGAGCGGAGCAUAGAGUACCCGUCCGUCCGGUCCUAGUUUUCUGUUUUCCUGCUUUCUGUAACCACUAAACAAAACGAUAAGAACUCCAAAAACCAACGAUCCAUUUUUAGAAAACUAGUAGAGCGAUCCGGAAUUCCUGAAAGAUCGUGAUAGGACACUAGGAAACUACCAUCUAACGCAUACAGUCUACAACUACAGUGUUUCUGCUGUUCAGCUAACAAAACAUGCACAGUUCUAUCAAACUUAGUACAAUUCAUGAAAGCACAGAAAAAAAAUGAAAUAUUCAAGCUUUUUCUUCGGUUUCUGCACUGCGCCAUCGGUUUAAACAAAAACGCUUCUUAACCGUAAACUAGUUUCUGGAACAAGGUUAACCAAAUCAAAUUUUGCGAAACGAGAGAUGUUCAAGCUUAGUUUAGGUCCACCUGUUGGUUCACGAUCGAAAUCCCUUUCAUUCACUAUAUCUCGCUAUCGAAACAGCAAAACUGAAAAAAAAGAAAAUCGAACACACAUUACAUCCGUUAUGGUUGUGUAACUGUUGCCCAAAAAUCCAAAUCGAUACCCAUCAGUAAAGUUUACACCGCAAUCCAGAUAUCUUGAAUGAGCACACACAAACACACUGACACUAACUUGCAAGUGAUAUGGCAAACUAUCUACCGGAAUGAGCACACCUAUUACUCACACAUUCUCACCGCCGACACUCGAAUACACGCCCUCUUCGAUCUUACUCUAUUUUACUUUCUCACACUAUCUUUCCCUGCUCUCAUUUUCUCUCGUUCAUCCAUUUUGUAUUCUAUUGUUUCUGACCUUUUUUUUACUUCUAUAAGAUUUCUAUUUACACUACUUUUUGGCUAAGUCAACUUUUAACUAAACGUAAACUAGAACUCGAUUUAUUUAGAGGUUAUUCAACAGUAUAUAUCGUUAAUUUUGAUUCACUUUACUCUUAUGUAUUUAAUUGAGAUAAACCCUAUAAUCGACUCAUUAUUUGCCCCGUAUAAAAGUGGCAACUAGAUUAGUACUCAUACGCGACCUAACUAAUAGAAGUAGCAAAAAACGCAGCGCGCCUUCUAGAAUGAACAUCAAGCUACGAGCAAAGCAAGCGCAGUUCAUAAAUGGGCUUUUAGCGUUCGUAUCCGUACUAUCGUUAAGUGGUUGUCGUGUCGAAAACCAUCGUUUAAUGAGGCGUUUGUGGGCUGCUAUUGUUUCGCUGGAAGCGCUGCCAGUUGUUGCAUUCGGUACACGUUGAAACUAUUUCCUAUUUGUUUUGGUUAUUAUUAUAGUUUUAUUUUUGAGAAUGUCGCCUACUGUGUUUCUUUGAUUACUUUUUCAAUUUUGUUCUUUCUAUAAAGGAAUGAUGUUUUACGCUACUACCAAUAUACUACCACACAAUCGCUCGCUGGAACUGAUUGACUUGAUUAUGUUGUAACUUUCGUAAUGUCUAAUUUUCGUUCACAAUUUGCCAAUGAUAAUCUCUGUUACACGCUAAAACCAGACAAUGCAAAAUUUCAGUGACAUUUUCAUUAUCGAUGCGGUUUGUUUCUUUUCUUUCUCUUUUUCUUGUUCCAACGCGGACAAACACCACCUCCGUGUGACGUAAUUUCGGUUGCCAUCCAACAUCACUUUGACUCGAAAAAUUGAAACAACGUAAACAAAAAAUACUUUCGGAUCUGAACGAAAACCACUAUUGUUUACUUUUAUUGCACUUUGAACCGCGAAACACGAAACGUCAAAUAUCUAUAUGUCCCACUACCACAACCAACUGUUGAUACUUUCCAUAAAACGAAACAAAACGAAAUUCACUUUCCGCGGACCGGACGGUACAGGCGACCAUGUUGAAAAAAAUGAAGGGCAAAAUGAAGCGACGAAACACCGAACCGACGAUGCAGGUGAUGGGGCCAUCGGGAAUACAGAUGACGCUGGCCGCUCCCCAGGAGCCGGAGGAAGUCGACUCGAACAAUACCGACUUCUGAAUUUGGUAUAACGAGCGAUUAAUUUAACGUGCUUCGUCGUUUGUUGACACUACCACUACCACAAUGGCAAUUAUCACUGAAAAAGCAACAGCAGCCACCGCCUCCUCCUCCACCAGCGCCAACAGAAACACCACCAUCACUGACAACCACGAACACCAAUCAUCCGAUGAUGAUGAUGAUGCUUCGUAAGAAAAACCUAUAAUCGAAUCGGCAACACUGGUCGAUUGUCACCUUGACAGCGGACUGUCAAUCUAGUAAAAAAUCAAUAUCGCGCUGCUGGCAGCACUGCUGUGAGCACAACUUGUACAAAGUCAAUCCCACAAGCAAAGCAAUUCCAAAUACAAAAUCCGUCGUAGAGGAGCAGGCAUAAACACGAGCAUUUCACUUCAGCCCACCCCCUAUGUACAUGUGGUAGCGAAUUUUUCGAAGAAACUUUGUAGGCCAUCCUUUCGAAGGAGCAAUAGUGCAUACGCUCUCACUCACUCAAGUCAUCCAUACAAACACACUCUUACACCUACUCUAAACCAUGUAAAGAUACAACUUUGACAGUAGAUAAAUCUUAGCAGGCCUCCCUAGCGACGGCAACAGGUGUGUGCAAGUAUAAGGGUAAUAAUAAAACGAAGUUAACCAUACGACACAAAGGCGAAAAAUGCGUCGUGCGCUAUUAACCAUAACCGUCUUUAGCAGAGAGUAACAAAACAGAACACUGUACCGAAACCAAUCGACAACCAAAAACAAAAACACCCCGUGGGAACAAAGAUUUUUGCCAAAAAAAAAAACAUUGAAGCAUCCAAACCCGCAAUUCUUGUCAAACAAAAUGGCGGUAGACAAACAAGCGCAAGGAACGUUAAAUUAAUGGCUCUUGAGUUAUUUCACGGACGGAAACAAAAAAAAACAAAAGAAACAAUGCAGGAAUAGUAUUCAUUAUCAUACAAAGAAACCAAACAAGAAUGAAAAAUGAAGAAGAAACUAAUCUUUGGAAAGCGAACAAAGCAAGCGCAGAUCCAAAUCAGUAUUUGCAGUGUAGCGAUAACCAAAAAAAAAAGCAAAACUAAAGAAUGAACUGUGAACAGAUGCAUAUUUUUGAUGAGUAAGAAGAAGAUGAAAUUGUUGCUUUUUCGACGGCAAAUUCGAAGGCUGUCGGUAUAUCGUUUCAACACACACAGAGGAAUCGAAUCGAAUUUGUUGUUUGAUUUUCUGUUGUGAGUUUUCAAAUCAAGAAUCGUAACAAUUACACGCAUACAUAUGUACACACAAACAUAAGCAAGAAAAUCAUGUACGUACACCGUUCUGUUCAAUUAGAAGACCGAUUGAAUUCGACGCGCAAACGAGAUAAAUGUCACACUAUCACACAAGCGCAAAUUUCUUCUUGAAACUGACAUGAACAAAAACAAACAAAAGAAUUUGAAAACAAAAACAAAUAUUUAUACGGAAAUGUUGUUGACUAUAUUUACUAUGAAUUUUAUUUCUAUUCAUUUUUUCUAUACACAACGUUCACGCGCUAAGGCGAAAAAAUCAUUAAAUUAUAUUGAAAUCAACACAUAACAAAGCGAAAAGGCGAUGAAAUGAGAAAAACCAGAGAUUUAAAUACGCUUAUGUAAGGAAGAGAAAAGGGUAAAAAACGAAAAAUGGGUGAAACAUUAAUCGAUGGUUAUAUUUUGACAUACGUUUCCCCACGCUACGAAGGCGGAAACUGUCAGAAGACAAAACCAAACACAUGGAAAAACCAAAAAGAUAUAAGUUUAUUUUUAGUUAUAUCUACAAAACACAGGUUAAAAAAAGAACUUAACGUGUUGAGUGCGUUUAUCAAGUGGCAACACACAAUUAAUAGCCGUAAAUUGUGAUUCAAACAAUUACGUUCUGUAUGGUAUUUUACCAAACUCUACAUUAAACAAAAUGAAAAACACUAUUAAAUACUAACAAAAAAAAACACCCAAUCUUAGUCACGAAUACAAGGGAAAUUACACUUGCCAAAAACAAACGUUAAAAGUAAGUUAAAAUACCACAAAAACAAACAUCCCAAUUGCGACGAAUUCACAUUCUCACACUCCCACAGGAAGGCACGUCAGUGACGCAGCUGCGUGCUACCAACAACAAAAAAUCAACAAUGACAAAAUGAAAACAAGUUUUCCUUUAUAACAAACCGGUAAAAACAGUUAAGCAGCAAACCCAACAAACUGCAACUAUAUCCACCACACCCAAACCAAACGCACACCACAAACGUGCGAAAUCGAAACCCAAGCAAGCCAAAUAUCAUGGCAACCGCGCGCUAAAAACAUCAAAUUAGCGCUCCGCCACCGCCGCAUUCAUCACCACCCACCGUGAUAAUGAAAGAGUGUCAAACCAUUGGUCAGCGUAGCCUAGCGACGUGCGGGUUGCUUUGAUCACGGUUCCUACGUACGAAAACAUUCCCCCUUUCGGUGGAUGUGUGCGUGUGAGCGAAUGGCAACCGGCGGCCCCGAAUAACCGAUCUUGAGAAUGUUUAGUCAACCGCACGGAUUCGUGUUGCAUUCGAAGGGCAGAAGCCAGAUCAGCUUCAAUUGAAACCACCAAAAUGGUGAAAGGAGAAAUACAUCGGGAAAUUUAUAAAUCUCGGGUGCGUUUUCUAGAACAUUCUCAGCGUUAUUCUGUCGAAUGAAAAAAGGAAUUAAACAACAAACGAAAUGUAUGCUUAUACGAAAAAAUCCCUGCCGAAGGGUGAGUCCAGACAAAAUAGAAACUAUCACUAUUUAGGUCGUGCGUCCUUCCACGCGACAAAUCGAAAAUCAUACAUAUUCUCAAGCACACGAAAACACACAGACACAUACCAACAAGUACGACAUACACUGCACAGACAACUAGAUGUGUAGGUGUCGCCACCGAUCCGUGCGUAGUGUGGACUCACCUUUCUCACCCAAAACCAUAGACACCUUGGUUGAAGUGUCACCUGAGUUACCACCUUGGUUGGUAUAUAAAGCCUUGUUUCCCGAAAUAUUCGUCGCGUUGCCUCCCUCUGGUCCGGAAUAGAUUAGAUCGCUAACGUGACGAGCCAAAUACAACGUGACACCUCGCUAUCCAGAAAUCUGUAGGGGCUCAGUGUUACUAGUUUUGCAAUUCCGGAGGCUUCGUAAAACGUUGACCGAGUUGUGUCCGGUUCGCACCUUUGCCGGAAACCGGGCGGCCUUGGCGAACUAUCGCGGUACCACGUGUCAAAUUUAACAUCGCCGUCAAACACAUUAUUGACAGAUCUCCUUUUUUUCGCAUUUACCUCGUUGUGGCAUCGCAGUAACCCUUGCCGCCCGAUGACUGCACAGCGACGGACGCAUACUCACUAUAAAUCUAGUAUCACAUACACUUUUCUGGAUAGUGACGCUAUCGUUUGUAGCAUAUAAGUCAUAAUUCAUAGUUAUUGUAUAGACCUACCCUCCUCAUUCUCCUCUGAAACGUACGAGGAACCUUUGACCCUAGGUUAGGUCAGAACGAUUCCGUUCCGGUAUUUUAAGUUAGUAUAGAGCAUACAUGUUCGGUUUUCUAGGCAAAACCAAACGAACCGAUUCAAUUACGCUAUUUAGUUCAUUUUUUAAAACUCCCCACUGUGAGACAGCGACUAAAACAACACACUCACACUACACACUAAACCAAACAACACACAUACAAACAAUAGUAAUAAUAGCGAAAAACCUAUUAUUAUAAUUAUGAUGUAAUUAAAAAGGAAAGGAAAAUAAACAAUGACCAUAAUAUAUUACAGUAUAUCUUUUAAAAGAAAGUAAAUUUAAAUAAAAAUCUCAAAAUAGAGUUGAUGUAGUGUCGAAAAAACAUAUAAAUAUAACAGAUAUAAUUAAAAAUUUAAUUAAAACAAUAUUUUUUCGUAUGAAUAAUUAAAAACAAAAGAAAAUAUUAGAACUCUUCUAAACGGUGUCGUGCUAAGAGAAACUAAUAUACCAACAUAAAGAACAAGACAAAAACCCAACCAUUACCAAACAAAAUGGCGCCACCUCGUCGCUAGACAACGAAGCGUCGCCAGCGGUGACGUUUCUGGCAAGUGCGCUCAGGGCACUAAAAGCCCAAACGAAACAAAAAGAAGAUAAACACUUCUGUCUCCCUCGCCAUCAGUCCCACCUUAAGCGAAACAGAUAACAAUCGGACUACUCUGAUGAAUGCAAACACUAACACUAACACUAACAUGGCAGAGGGAGACAGCCUUGAACGUGUGAGUGUGCAGGAGGAGCUGAACAAUCAGGCAGAGAUCUCAGAUACAAUCAAAGUAAGGCAAGGACUCGUUUGACAUUCAUUGCGAUUGUUCUCCGAACAACCGCUCAAAAAUCUGCCUAGCCGCGUUAACAACAGACGCGUUUAGCGCCACACGUGAAAACACCUACAACUAUUAAACCCACUCUGAAAAUAAGAUCACUUCGAUGGGUGAACAAACAAAGCCGUAAACACAAACAAUCGUCGUUGUUAAAAGAAAAAAAACAUACAAACAAAAAACUACCAAAUACGAAACGAUCCGACCCGGUAGCUGAAAAGCGUUGGGCAUGAAGGGUCAAAACAAAAUGCAAAGAAUUUAAACAAGUGAAAACAAAUCAAAAUGUAAAACAAAAAACUAACAGACACAACUGGAACCAACUCGAGAAAGGGUUCAACCUUAAAACAAAACAAAAAGUAAAUCAAUCAGUAGGAGAUUAACGCAAUCCAACAGAAAAAAAAAAAUGAUGAAGAAAAAGAAUAUAAAAGAGCGGGGACGAGGUU